AUGGACUACGAUGAGUUUGGAAAUUAUAUUGGCCCUGAUCAGCUAGUAGAAGUUACCGAGUCAGAGUCCGAAGCGAGUGUGGAGGAGGUAAUUGAAGGACAGAACGAUCAAGCUAUUGUUCUACAGGAAAACAAAGUCUACUACCCGCCGGCGCAGCAGGUUUAUGGCGAUGUGGACAUUGUGGAUGCGGAUGAAGAUGCACAGGACAUUUCAGUGCCCUUAAUCAAGCCUAUUGAAGAAAACGUACACAUUAGUACUGCUAAGCCACCUAAAGUUCGCUAUGAUCGACAUUUCCAACGUGAACUACAAAAAACGGGCGUUCAUAGUCGUGUUGUCGUUCUGCUAGGGGCUCAGGGGCACGGGAAAACAAGUCUGAUUGAUGUUUUAGUUGAGAAUACACACCUCCUGUCUGAAAUGCAAUUGAAGAAGCCGUUAAAGUAUACCCACACCCAGGAGUUUGAAAAGGGUAGGGAUUUAUCGGUUUUUAUCACGCCAAUAAGCUUACUUUUGCAAUCCUCGCAGUCAAAGUCUUUUAAUAUUCACUUUCUUGAUACUCCAGGACACUCAGACUUUUUUGAUGAGGUCAACUGUGCUAUGGGUCUGGCUGAUGGUGGACUUCUCUUGAUUGACGUGGUGGAAGGUCUCUUGCCCGCAGCCCGUCGCGCAAUCAGGCGAGCAGCAGAGCUCAAGUUACCUCUAAAAUUUAUUUUCACCAAAAUUGACCGUCUGAUUAUUGAUUUGAAACUACCCCCUACUGAAGCAUAUCACAGACUUGAUUAUUUGUUGGACGAAGUAAACGAUUCCAUGGUGCGUGCACAUUUGGAAGCAUUCGACUCAUCAGAUGUUCUAUUCACCAGUGCCAGCAAUCAGUGGUGUUUCAAUUUGGAUGUGUUUGCAGAAAUGUACGAGAUCACUCCUAUGCAUCUAUGGGGUGAUGUAUUUUUCGAGAAUCAGAUUUUUAGCUCAAACGGAAAUCAUUGGAGUUUUUCAGAGCUUGUUCUGGCCCCUAUUUACAAGAUUUAUUCGGCAGCAAUGUCUUCAGAUGACGAUCUGGCAAAAGUUCUCGAAGAACUUGGAGUCUCGUUAAAAAAGAGCGAAUUCAGGAUGAAUUAUCUCCCCAGGCUCAGGUUGAUUUUCAAUCGAUUCUUAGGCUGGUCCUCACUUGUGGACAAAAUCACAGAGUUUCCUUAUGAACACAAGACAAUAAUUGGCAAGUCGGUUGUUGCUGGGUCUCAGUUGCUCACAUUAGCAAGAAUAGGGGAACCUUUGGCGGUAGGCGACGAAGUGCAGGGUCAGAAAAUCGAAAAUUUCUGGAUCCCGUAUGCUCAGUAUAGAAUCCCGCAAAGCGAGGUGUACCCUGGUGAAAUUGUUUUAAUAGAUGUGGAACCAACCACAGAACGAGUGAGCGUGCCAGCUGUUAAACUAGGGAUCGAGCCUCUUUUACCCACUGAUCAACCGAAAAUGCUCGCCGCAGUAAGCCAAUGUCUUCACUUGUUUCCCGGCUUGCAUGCUGAAGCACAAGACUCGGGUGAUUAUGUUCUCUUUGGCACUGGCGAGAUGUUUUUUGACUGCGUAAUGUAUUAUAUUCGAGCUGUGCUUGGUCAUGUCGAAGUCAAAGUCUCUGAUCCGGCUGUAAAAUUCGCAGAGGGCUGUGUCGAGCAAUCUUAUGCUUCUUGCCCUGUUUCUAUGCCUGGAGGUGGAAGUAUCACAGUGCUAGCAUCCCCUGUUCCCCAAGAGUUGAGCAAAGAGCUAGCACAGGUUCCUAAAACACUUGCCGCAUUGAAACCUAUACUCAAAGCUCAUGGAUGGGAUAACAUGGGUAUUAGAUCGGUUUGGUGUUUCGGCCCAGAUGUUAAUCGAGGCAGUUGUCUAAUUCUUAAUGAUGUUCUUGGCGAAAACCGGGCUUUAGCUGAAGAUGCUCGUGAGGAGAUUACCGACGGGUUUUUGAUGUGUGCUCACCGAGGACCCCUUUGUGACGAGGAAUUGCAUGGCACCAUUUUCAAGGUAAUUGGUUUCGAUAAAGGGAAAGCUACAAGUGGCCAGAUUGUCGCAGCGGCUCGUCGGGCCUGUUAUUCUGCUUUCUUGGUCGCUUCUCCCCGCCUACUUGAGCCAUGGUACGAAAUCUGUGUUGUUGGCCCACUGAAGGCAGGCAGAAGUGUAUAUGAAAACUUGAGACAGCGACGUGGUAAGGUUCUGGACGAUCGACCAAUUCCUGGGACUAACUUAUAUCGCAUUGAGGGUAAAGUACCUGUUAUCGAUUCAUUUGGGUUGGAGACAGACAUUCGAGUAGCCACAAAAGGCCAAACAAAAAUAAGCUUUGUGUUCAGUCACUAUGCAGUUGUCCCUGGAGAUCCAUUGGAUGGAGAUGUCGAGCUUCAACCUUUAGAGACUGCGGUCGGAGCCCAACUUGCCCGAAAUUUUGUAUCAAAAACCCGGAAGCGAAAGGGCUUGUCAAACAGCCCUUCGUUGGCAAAGUACCUCGAUAAGGACGUUGCUGAGGUUCUUGGUGUCUCGUGA